AUGAUCUACAACUCUCCAGUUGACAAUAUUUUGAAGCGAUUGUCGGUUCACGAGUUAUAGUCCUCGAAAGAUGUGGUCCUUCUCGUGCACUCCUCCACCCGUCUAUUCCUCUUCUAUCUCGUCGACCUCUUCGUUUCUCUGCCUCAUUCCUCUCGCCCCCCGCACCUUGUUUCCCAUCAAAACUGCCUUGUCCCAACGAUUUCAACAAUGAUGGAAAUGAUAGAAGAACUGGGGCAAAAUGAGAUGCGAAAAGACUACUUUACACGUUUGUUCGAGCGAAUGGGCACCCUCAAAACUCGGCAAUCGUUUCAAUUUCACGAUUUCCACUGGUACAGUUGUCAACGCAUUCGGCUCGAAUCGAUUAUUUUUUUCUGGUCGCUGUUGCAGGGACGUCUCUUUCGCGUUUUCGGAGCGACACGGCGUUCCGGCUGUGGAUUUCAAGUUGGAGUGCCAAAAUAUUCCGCAUGACGUGUCGGUGACAACAGGAAUUUCGUUCCGAAAUUGUAUAACGGGCCGCAAAGAGCGCUUCUUUUUCGUUUUUGAUGCGCAGCGGAACACGUAUUGCUACCGCCGAAUCGCCACGUUAGUUCAAUUCUUCAGUUUUCUCAGUCCAACCAUAAGCAUCUCACGGUCUCCAGAGCUGACAAUAUGGGCGUGGCCUCGGCCAAAUAGCAUUUUCAUGAAUUGAGCAGGUUUUCUCUGAUUUUUGUCGUCAAAGGCGAUGAAAAAUGAUUGUUCGACAUGAAAACACACUAAUUCUCAGAAUUAAUUACGUUUUGGCGCAUUUUUCGCAGAUUUCGCUUUUUCGCCUUCGCCGCCGAUAGCCGCCUCAAAACCGCGCUUUUCAUUUUGCGCGUUCUUGACCGUUUUCAGACAGAAUUGGUUUUGAGAAUAAUAAAUCACGUAAAUACAAGCAUUUUGAGCGCCCGAAUCGCGAAAAUUACCGGAAAGCAACUGAAAUUCACGCAGUUUUAGCCAAAAACCUUCAAACGGAUAAAUGUGAUUUGCGACUUGACCAAAUUUAACGCUCAUGCGCUUAAAAAAUUCGUAAUAGCCUAUACAAUCGGUCUAUCGAGAGACAAAUGAGAAAUUAUCGGUUUUUCGUGGCUAAUCUGGCAAAAAACACAAAUUUUGCUGUUAAAUUUUGAAUUUCGCGCCAAUGUAUCGCUCUAUUGAGCGGGGCGCACUUGCGCCCAUUGUCAGCUUUGGAGACCGUGAUCUCGUUUUCAGGGGAAUCCGACACGUCCGCGAGGACGGUGUGACCAUUGUCAGCUUCCCGAUCGACCGAUUUCUGAAGGCGGAGGAGGAGGGCGAGGUGUUCGAGUCGGUGGAGCAGAAAAAGUGGCCGUUGUACGUGCCGUUCACCUGGAAAGUGCUCGAAAACGGGGAAGUGGAGGCGGGCGCGAUGAAACGGUGCUUUUACGGGCACGAGUUCCGACUGACGAUCCGCUACCUGCUGAUCAUCGACCACAGCGCGCCGAUCACUCAUUUUCUCGCGAAAUGGCCAAAGUCCGGGGAGCUUGCCGUUCAGGCCGAGGUGACUUUUAUCGAUUGAUGGAAUAGCCACGGUCUCCCAGGGCGCUAAUGCUAAACACAGUGCGCUCGUAAAUUGCGGAGUGUCGUUGUAACUUUUGAAAAUUUGCAGGUCUAAAAAUGCAUUUCAAUUCGAGUUUACGACCUUUAUUUCUUUCUUUUUCACUUGAAAAACGUCUAGAAAACAAUAUUUUACUGAUUGAAAACCGUUCUUUACAGAAUUUAGAGUUUAGCGUCUUUUCGCAUUUCGUCAGCACUUCAAACCUUUCUAUUUCAGCUCAUUUUGCAUUUCAUGAGCCCCACGAACGAUAAAAAUGUUCGCUGAAUCUUUCUUCACUAAAUUCACGUUCCGGCUGUUAGUCUUCUUGAGCAGUUUUCGAAAACUAUUCGAAAAACAUCAAAAUCCUGGCCAAAACCUUCAAAUCGAAAUAACUCGGCUAAUUCUCAACGAUAUGCGAGAUUUCUGUUACCAAAACGUAGCUAGUGCUCUAAUUAUUCGAAUCCAGGUUCCAGGCGUACAAAAAAUAGGUGUAUUGUACAGAAAACAUGGAAAGAACGCGAACUCCCGUUGAAAAUUAAUUAAUCGGCCGCCGCGUAAAUCGACACAGCCCGCCUGUUGCAAGUGCGCCCCAUUGAAAUCAUUCGCGCCGUGGGAGACCGUGAAUAGGCAAUUUUCCCGCCUUUGCUUGUACUUUUGACUAACUUUACGUUUCAGUUCUUCGAACCGGUGUGGCCACAAUUCAAACAAGUGCUAUUGUCCAUGGAUAGAGGAGAAGUUAGCAGAGAGACUCGCGAGAAGCUCACCGAUGUGCUCGGAGUGUACUACCAUCAGUGGCCGUUUCAAGAGAAGAAACUUCUCGAGUUGCAAGAAGUCGCCCUGCGCUUCGGAUUCUAUCGAUUUAUGGAAGGCGUCGGAAUCGGUGGCGACUUUUUGCGAGUGACGGCGUCGAUGCGAACCGCUGAUAUUGGCAGUGAAAGGAGGAAAAAGAGUUCUGAGAACUCCCGGGUCAUCUUCAAUCGCAAAGCCACGUGGAUCGUGCGGAGACUUCCCGAAAUCACAGAGCCCUCGACCAUUUUCAAAGCGUUCGACGAGCAAAGAGAGCGGCAGUUGAAUGUGAGCUUUUACCGUUCGAAACUCCGCGGCAAACAGUUUCUGUCGAUCGGAGCCGUUCUCGUCGGGCUCCUAGACACGUCCUACGACUGCUCACUCCACAUCACACUGAAAAUUGGCGGAAAAUCCGUGGUCCGAGUGGCGCGAAGACGUCUGAAUCAUGUCCAGAACACGUUGGGCAUUCCGGUGUUUUGUGCGAUGGAAGAGUUGAGUAUGGAGGAUGGUCGAGGAUUGGAAUUCGAAGUAAAGAUGCUUGUUCGAGAAGAUGUCAACGAUCAUCUUCCCGGUUUCUAUCAUGAAAUGCCCGGGAUGAACGACGUCAUGCUCAGAAUGGAGGGAAAAGGCAUCGCUGUCAACAAAUAUGUGUGUUUUUACAACUUUUCCACCAGUAAGACCCCCUUUUUCGUCUUUUUCAGUACCUCGGACAUCACGCCGAGUUCUUCCGCACAAUGUUCUUCAAUGAAAAUUUUGGAGAGCACAAAAAAGAGAUUAUCGAUCUGAAAUCGGCGGAUUACGAGGAAACGCUGCAAUUCUUGGAUGCUCUGUAUCAUGGAACCAAAGUUUUCGAAGGUUUUUACAUGCAUAUUUACAAUCCCUACAGCUCCAGAUGUUUCAGAUUCGAGUUAUAGUAAGGUUCUGCGAAAAGCCGACGAAUGGAUUUGCGACAAUGUUGUCGGAAUUGUGGAGAAGGCGAUCAUCAACUGCGCGAAUCCAACUAUUGAAAAAGAGAGAUUGGCGUCCGAGUUCGCGCUUCCGAAGCUUUCCGAGCAUCUGAAAGAGCUGGAAAGAAUCCGGAAUCUUCCGUUAGAACCUCCUGUCAUUUCUUAG